AUGGAACACGACGAAGAUAUUACUUCUAGUGAAGAUGAGUUCAAUUUUUCGGCAAUAACGAACGAGAUUGCACCUCUACAUAGACAGCUUGUCCAUGGGAACGAAUACAGAAGUGAUCAAGUUAGCGACGACGUUAGAGGUUUAAGAAGACGAAAAAUCCGAAUAAUCGAUUGUGAAUCUGAAAGCCAUAGUGAUUGUACAGAAGAGACUGAGCCUUCAGAGUGGACAAUAUGCAUAGAAUUCGAAGAAAUCCCCACAAGAAUACCGUUUGUACCCGGUGAAAGACAAAUAGGACUGCAGGUACCUGCAGCUUCUACUUCGCAGGGCAGUUCUGAAGGCAUCCGACUAAGUGGGAAGCUUUAUGACCAACAGAUCAUUUUUAAUACGAUUGCUAAACUUACACCGACAAUGAAAAUGAAAACAAGGGGUGCGGUGAAAGAACAAGAAGAAUUUGAUCGUGCAGCUGUGAUCUUAUCUUGGAACAAGAAAUUAAUGUCUACUAUAGGUCUGUGGCCUCAUUCGCGAAACAAUCUUCGAUUUUCUCUUAAUUUUGGAUACUUUUGCUUUCUCAUGAUCUUGGAAUACUUAGAUCUAUUUAUAUUUAUUAAUAAUCUGGAACACGUUAUUAUGAAUUUAACGGAGAAUAUGGCAUUCUCCCAGAUAUUUGUGAGAAUGAGCAUGUUGUGGAAAUACAACGAUGAGAUAGGUGACCUCAUUACUGAAGUAUUUAAAGAUUUCGUAAGAGAAAGAUAUAAAUCAGAAGAGGAAAGACAGCUAUUUAUUUCGUACAACGCUAAAUCAAAGUUAUUUAUGAAGCUUCUUAUUACAUUCGUCGCUCUUACAGCGUCUUCGUAUUACUUGACUCCAUUAUUAGUGUCUUUGGGCAACGGACUUCCAACAAUAGAGGAAGGAAAUAUAAGCAAAACCCUUUAUUUGCUGCCAUAUCGAUUUUAUACUUUCUACCCAUUGGAAAAUCUGCAAAGUUAUAUCGUCAUCUACGCUCUCGAACUACCGUUUGUUUUUAUCAGUGGUUUUGGACAAAGUGCUGCAGAUUGUAUUAUGGUCACUCUCGUUUAUCACAUUUGUGGUCAAAUGUCAGUUCUUGCAUUACAAGUAAACAAUAUAGAUAUUAAUCCCCAAAAAAAUAGGGAAGAAAUCCAAGCAAUUGUUGAAUCGCAUACAAGAUUAUUGCGAAUGGGUCAGAUCGUGGCAAAAGCAUUCAGCGUGACGCUACUAGCUCACCUUCUCGGAGCUACUUCACUCAUUUGCAUCCUUGGUUAUCAAAUCUUAACGAAUUAUUCAAACGGGGAAAAAACAGUGCUUGUUAGCUUCCUGGUCUUUCAAUAUUUGGUUCUGUUAAUUCUGUAUGCACACUGCACAGUUGGAGAGUGCCUUUUAACAGAGAGUACAAAAGUAAGUGAGGCAUUUUAUGCUUGCCAAUGGUACGAUAUGCCGAUCGAGAAUACAAGAUCCAUUAUGCUUUGCAUAGCAAGAUCACAGAAACCAAUGUGUCUAACCGCAGGAAAAUUUAGCACCUUUUGUCUAAGAACCUUAACAGAUGUAUUAAGAACAUCAAUGGGAUAUCUAUCAGUUUUACGAUCGUUUCUAUAA